AAUAUGCGCGCAUUCGUGGUACUCGCCUGCGUGGCGUUGGUCUAUGGCCGUCCUGAACCUCCAGUUGGCUACAGCUACUCAGCUCCAUCUAGCAGCUAUGGAGCUCCUUCUUUAGGAGGAAUAUCUGGCGGAGGACAUUCAUCAGGAGGAAUCUCACUAAGCGGUGGUCACUCAUCUGGAGGUAUCUCCCUGUCUGGAGGAAACCUUGGUGGUGGAUUCGGCAGUGGAAUCGGCAGUGGACUCAGCAACGGACUCGGCGGUGGAUUUGGCGGUGGACUCAGUGGUGGAAUUGGUGGCGGAUUUGGUGGUGACGCUGGUUUCGGCGGUGGAUUCGGAGGCGGUUUCGGUGGAGCUCCCCUAGUACAAAAACACAUCUACGUCCACGUUCCUCCACCAGAACCCCAGGAGCAAAGACUGCCCCGUAUCACCCCCGUCGCUCCACCCCAGAAGCACUACAAAAUCAUCUUUAUCAAGGCCCCUACCCCACCCACUCCCGUCGCACCAAUAAUCCCCGUCCAGGCUCAGAACGAAGAGAAGACCCUUGUUUACGUUCUGGUAAAGAGGCCCGAUGAACAACCCGACAUUGUCAUUCCCACGGCAGCUCCCACUCAACCCUCAAAACCGGAAGUUUACUUCAUCAAAUACCAGACACAGAAAGAAGGCGGUGGUAUUGGAGGUGGUUUCAUCGGUGGCGGUGCUAUUGGCGGCGGUUCUCUUGGCAGUGGCUCUAUCAGCGGUGGUUCCAUCAGCGGUGGUGGCAUUGAUGGUGGCCUUAUCAGUGGAGGUUCUAUUGGCGGUGGUGAUCUCGGAGGCAUUGGCGGAGGAUCAGGAAUAGAAGGUGCCCUGCUUAGCGGAAGCGGUGGUCACGGUGGGGCUGAAAUCUCUACCGAUUUCGGAGCUAGCGGUGGUGAUGCAAGUAUUUCAGUGGGUGGCGCCACCAGCUCUCAAUAUGGCCCUCCUGGUCACGUUGCUGGACCUCUUCAUUAA